AUGGCGAUUAAACUAUUUGGACAUGAUAAUAUCAUUGCAGGCACAGCUGAUUCUGUGUCCCUUGUUGGCGAUACUGUCCGAGAUGCACGCCUUUCAGACUCAUUCAAUGCAAUGAGGUUAGAGGUAGUUAGAGCCAUCCACAGGAUUGGAAAGGUAGUUGGCAAUGAUGCUAGAAUCCUGAACGUUCCCUUGAUAAAUUAUGGGGUGCUGUCUAUUUUUGGUUGUCUGCUUAUCAAACUCACAUCAAAGUAUAAUCAUUUAUACACCAGAUCUUCACUUUUGGCUACAAUUGCAACCAAUGUGGUUCUAUAUGGAAUUUCAGAUACAUGUGCGCAGAGUAUCACGCAGUUUUUACAGGGAAGGAAUGGUCGAAGAACGAGAAAUGAUUCCAGAAACAUAAUUACAUUGCACAAUAACAUCGACGGGUACAGAGAUAAUGACGAAUACGAUGAGUCCAACAUUUUUGUAGACUAUGGAGACAGCUACGAGUCUGAAUAUGAAAAUGAAAAUCCAACGGACUUGGAAACAGGUGGCCAGCUGGAACCUCCUAUUAUGGAUACAAUAACUAGAACGGGUUUUGAAUUCAAGAGAUUUUUUGGCUUUGUAACCUGGGGGUUCAUUAUGGCAUUCGUUCAGGUUGUAUGGUACAUGUUUCUAAAUGCGAUGUUCAACGAUAUGCCCACUAUAGUUUCUGUUUUGGAGCGUGACUUAACAGACCAGUUAUUGUUCUCACCGAUAUCCUUGGCUUGUUUUUUUGCGUAUACCACAAUAGUAAUCGAAGGUGGCGACAUGGAUGCAUAUAAAGAGAAAAUGUUGAAAUUGUAUGUCACCACCUAUGUCAUAAGUUUUAGUGUUUGGUUUCCUGUUCAAUUUAUAAAUUUCUCAAUAAUGCCUAAACACUUUCAGGUCCCCUUCAGUUCUAGUGUUGGCGUUAUUUGGAACUGUUUCCUAUCCUUUAGAAAUGCAGCAGCCAAGACAGACAACUGA